AUGAAGAACAAGGGAGCCAAACAGAAACUCAAGAGGAAGGGAGCUGCAAGUGCAUUUGGCUGUGAUCUGACGGAGUAUCUGGAGAGCUCUGGGCAGGAUGUCCCCUACGUGUUGAAGAGCUGUGCAGAGUUCAUUGAGACUCAUGGCAUUGUGGAUGGGAUCUACCGGCUCUCAGGAGUGACAUCCAACAUACAAAAGCUGAGACAAGAGUUUGUGUCUGACCAAUGCCCAGAUCUGACAAGGGAAGUUUACCUGCAGGACAUCCACUGUGUGGGGUCACUUUGCAAGCUCUACUUCAGGGAACUGCCCAACCCUCUCCUCACCUAUGAGCUCUACAAGAAAUUCACGGAAGCAGUAUCACGCUUCCCUGAGGAUGAACAGUUGGCACGAAUUCAAAAUGUCAUCCAGGAGCUCCCACCAUCACAUUAUAGAACACUGGAAUACCUGAUCAAGCACCUGACUCACCUGGCCUCCUUCAGCAACAUGACCAACAUGCACACAAGAAACCUGGCCUUGGUGUGGGCUCCCAAUCUCCUCAGGUCAAAGGAGAUUGAGGCAGUUGGCUGCAAUGGGGAUGCAGCUUUCCUGGAGGUGCGAGUGCAGCAGUUGGUGAUUGAGUUCAUCCUGAAUCAUGUGGAUCAGAUCUUCACCAACAACAGAAAAGACAGCUCUGCAGAGAACAUUGAGAGCACAUUGGUUGCAAAAAGUCUGACCCUCCCCUCAGCCUCCCUGCCAAUGAAGUUGGUGAGCCUGGAAGAAGCUCAGGCACGGAGCCUGUCUGCCUCCCACCCUGCUCGGAAGGAGAGGAGAGAGAACAGCUUGCCUGAAAUUGUCCCUGUAACUGGGUCCCUCUUCCACACAGUUGUUGACCUCCCUGACAGCAAGAGAAAAUUAUCUACCAAGUCCAAGAAAUGGAAGUCAAUAUUUAACUUGGGCCGUUCUGGCUCAGAAUCAAAGUCUAAGCUGAGUCGAAAUGGGAGCGUCUUCGUAAGGGCACAGAAGCUCUCUGAGAAAGCAACUAUUCGGCCUGCAAAGAGCAUGGACUCGCUGUGUUCCCUGCCAGUGGAAGGGGAGGAUGAAAAGAGCAGAUUCAAAAGGACAGUGACUACUGGAGGCUUUUUCGUUCCUGUGAUGAAGAUACGGACAGGAGGCACAGGAAGCUCAUAUGACCUCAGCAAGGAGAAUGAGUGGGAGCGGGAAGGAUCUGCCAUGGGGGCCAAAGGAAGCUCAGAGCUGACUGGGGAGAAAGGUCUUCCCCGGACACUGCAGGCAAAGUCACCCCCUGAGCAGCUGAAGGUUUUCCGGGCAGCAGGGGAUACUGAAAAUGAGCAGACUUCCCCCAAAGGGGGUCGCAUGUUCUACACCUCUGAAACAGCUGCCAAAUCAGGCUUCCCAAGCAGUCUCUUUCCCUUAGAGGCUUCCCCUCGUCACCAGAGGAAAGCCCUGAACAUCUCAGAGCCUUUCGCUGUCUCUGUUCCCCUGCGGGUAUCUGCAGUCAUCAGCACCAACAGCACGCCCUGCCGUGUGCCAGCCAAGGAGAAGCUUUCCCUUUCCAGCCUGGAGGAGCUGUCUUCUCUGGUGGCUGAGAGCACGAGCCCCUCUGCCCUGGAAGCAGGGACUCACACUAGGACAGAGCAGGUGCCAGAGCGGAAGGAAAGACAACCAGGGCCCACCCUGCCAGCAGCAACACCCAGAGGCUCUCACCCUGAGGAGCUGGUGUCAGCCAAGAAACCUGAAUCCUUAGAAAGUCCACAGCCAGCAGCAGAAAAUCAGGAGACUUUAAAUGGGCAAAGCAGCUCCACAAGCAACUCUGGCAGCCCUCAGCAAGCCUCAGAACAGAGUCCUGUCUUGGAAAAAACAUCAGCCUCAGAUGCUCAUACAGGUCCACUCCCUGCAAACAAGGCAGAGCAAGGACAGCUCAAGAUGAAAGAUAUCUCCUCAGGAGCUGGCUGUGGCCAGCAGGAGACUGAGCCAGCUAAGACAGAAGAAGGGUCACGCUUAGGAGAUGUGACUGAGGAGGACCCUGCAAAUGCCCUUCUAGAACCAUUAUGGCCAGAGAUACAGCAGGAACUGAAAAUCAUAGAACCUGAAGAAGAGAUCUCACUCUUGCCAACAGCUGUCCCUAGGAUGGGCCUAAUUUCUGAAUCCUCUUCUUCAGUACAAACAGGUAGUUCAUCUUCUGGCCCAGGGCAGAGUCCAGCAUUAUUGGAGCAGAAAUCUGUGAGCAAAACACCACAGAUAACAACUCAGGUGCCUUCAUUUGGUGUCACCAGCAUGGAAAGACAGGACAGCCUCCAUAACUGUCAGUCUGAUGUGGUUGCACAGCAGGGCUGUGCUUCAGCCCUACCCAGACCAGGUCCUCUUCUGAGUGGUACAGCUGCACCAAAGAACCACCACCCAGUGGUGAACAGCAGGAGUGAAUGUCUCACUCCUCCCCUGGACUGGAAGCUUCAUAGUCAAUCACAAUCUAAUGAUGUCGCCCCAAGCGAUGAAUUUCCUUGUUCCAAAGAAGCAUGCCCAGAUUCAGGGAGAGAAAGAGAUAGGACUUGCCAGAUUCAGGAAAAAGAUGGCCUUUCCAGAGUCCAAACUCAGAGGGAAAAGCCUGAGAUAAUGGGUGAUGAUGAAAGGGAUACAUUCUCCUCCAAGGCACUGAGUGGAGCUGGAAUCCAGGAGCUGAAGGAGGGCAAUGCUGUUAUCAGAACCCAUGAUGCUGGUGACCAGGAUGAUGAGGAUACAUGGACAGAUAAUGUGCAGAGCUUAGAACUUGUGGAGCCCUGGGAGGAUCACCAGUGGGUUACGAGUCCACUCCACUCCCCCACCUUUAAGGACAUUCAGGAGAAGAUAAUACAGGGGUUUCAGCCACAGAGCCAGAGAGCAGAGACCUCGCUUUCUCUUAGACCACGCUUCAGUCGCAGCCUCUCCCUGGACAGUAAAGACACAGUGAUGAGUCUAUGGACUAUCCCUUUGUCUUUCAUAGAUGCUGCUGACCAGCAGCAGCCAUGCAGUGACAUUCUGCCUGUGACUUGUGAGCUGCCCAAAACACAACCCAUUUCCCCCUCUAGUCUGUGCAAAUCUAAGCAAGAUGAGAAUGACACAUAUCCUCCAGAAGAACUUUUGAAACCUGAGGAGCUGAGGUACCCCCUCAGCAGAGAGGAAGCACCAGCUGAGAAAGAAAAACCCUCCAGAAUUCCUCUUUCAGAGCCAGAGGAAAAGAAAGCAGAUGUGAGUGAAGAAAACCCUUGGAGCUCAAAGCCUGAGCUGUCUUUACAGUACAAAAAUAGUCCAGGAAGUUUUUCACAGUCAAAGAAUACCAAGGAGGAGUUAUCCAUAUCUCAGGACACUGCCCUGGGAGGAGAGACUGUUACCAAAGCAUUGUGCUCUGCCACUGAGUCAGAGCCGAGCAAUAAAAGUGAAGAAACACCUCGCAAGCUGAAGACUAGGCCGUCGUCCCUCAACUUGGAUUCACUCCUUCCAGCUCCAGAUUUCUUCACAUUUGAUAGUCUGUCUAAGCCCUCUGCCCCUGGGAACCUCCUGUACGGACAGAAAGAAGUAAAAUGCAGUGAUUCUGUCCCAUCCCUGCCCACUGCCUGCCCUGCUGCCCACAGAGGCGUUCCCUGGGGGUCCCAUUUCAAUGCCCACAUGGAUCUAGACUUGGACUAUCUGGCAGUGGCCCAUGCCACCACUGGUCGUCGUAACUCUGCCCCUGUCAGUGUGUCAGCAGUUAGGACCUCCUUUAUGAUCAAGAUGUGCCAGGCUAGAGCAGUGCCUGUGAUACCACCCAAGAUUCAGUACACCCAGAUCCCCCAGCCUCUGCAGGCUCAGAAUGUCACUCCAUCAGUGGAGAAGAAGGAAGCAGAAGCCAAGCAGGCUAUCAGGCAGACACAGCGGGUGGCAUGGAGUCACCUGGAGACCCCCAAGAGCCCGCUGACAGAGAAGAAAACCAAGGCAGAGAAAGAAAACAGUGACCCAGCUCAGAAGGACUCAGUCUGUCCUUGGCACAGCAGCCUUGGCUCUCCACUGGAGCCUUCUCAGACCAGUCAUUACCCUGCUCUGGAUGCCCCAGUUCUGCGCCGAAAACGCACCUCUGAGGGGGAGACAGCUGGAGAUAACCCACAGUCCUCAAAGAUGGAGAGGCCAUCCGGGUUCUCCAAGCCUUCCUAUAGAUCUAGGCCUGGGAGGCCCCAGAGUCUGAUUCUCUUCAGUCCCCCUUUCCCCAUUAUAGACCACCCCUCCUCUUCCGCAGACUCUAGGGUGAUGCUAUCACCCAUAAGAAGCCCCACUCAGACCACCUCUUCAAGUUCCAUUUGUGGGGAUCUGUCUGAGACUUCGCGGACAACGCCCGAGGGAGUGACGCUGCGGAACAAAAUGACCAUUCCCAAGAAUGGUCAGAGACUGGAGACUUCUACCAGCUGCUUUUACCAGCCUCAGAGGCGCUCUGUGAUUCUGGAUGGACGAAGUGGGAGGCAGAUCGAAUAGCAACUGCUCCUUUUACUCCUUUUCUGUGGUCGAUGGCAUGGGAGUGUUCAAGACCAACUCUGUUGCCAUUUUGCUAUUGUUUUAUGCAAGAUGGACCCAAAUCCUUUCAGUUUCCUGCAAAGCAUUUUGUUAUGGAGGGUCACAGUCUCUUUGUUUUGCUUUCCCUUCCCUUUCUCACCCCUGCUUACUCCCUCAC